AUGCGGCGUGCUGUCACGCUGGAUGCGAUCGCUUUUAGGUGCAGGCAUUGGAGGUGGCCCGUCCGGACAGCCGGCACUUGGGCAGUGCAGGAGACGCCGAACCCGAAUGUCUGGAAGUUCGCGAGCUCCUCACGCGUUCCUCUCCGCGCCCGGCACGAGCUGCUGGACCUGCCCGGAGUGCGCGACGUCUUCGUCGGCGAGGGCAGCUCGUGGCUCGCCGUGACGCGGCAGCAGGGCGCCGACUGGAAGCAGUUGUCGGCACAGGUGCAGGACCUCCUCCAUGCGCUGCCCGAGGAGGAGAGCCCGGAGAGCGAGGGCUUUGAGGGUGCUGGCCCGGCCUCUGCGCCUGGAACGGCUCUGCUUGAGGAGGUGCUCCUGAACCGGAUCCGUCCCUCCGUUCAAGACGACGGAGGCGACGUGGAGCUCAAGGCUUGGGAUCCGGCCACGGGCGAGGUGGUGCUGCAGCUGAAGGGCGCCUGCCGCGGCUGCCCGCAGAGUGCAGUGACCCUGCAAGAAAGCAUCCUAAAGACCUUGAAGCACUUUGUACCCGAAGUGCGAAGCGUCCGCUCCGAGGAGGACACGGAGCCCGCGGACUCUUCAGAUCCCUUCGCCGACCUCCCCUGGUUGCACGUAGGGGAGCCAGCUGGCGGCGCGGUGCGGGAGAUGGUUGCCAAGGGCACGCCCAUCUUUUCCACUUUCGCGGGCACGAAGGUUGAGGGCGCGAAGCUCCGGCGCAUCGGGUUCAUGUCGGAGAUUGUGUUGGCUGGCCGCAAGCCCGAGCACAUCUUCGUGACAUGCCAGGAUUGCAAGGCGAAGCGCACCAUCGAGGAUCCUCAGGAUUUGCUGCGAGCUGACAAGGGCAACACCACCGGCAACGCCGCCGUGGCCAUCUGCCCCACAUGUUGCGUGGUCAUUUCUGCCUAG